AACUAGAGAGGGUUUUGCAAGUGGGUACAAAGUUAGUGCAAAGAUUACGGGGGCAAACGUAUCCCGUACGUUUGCUUAGCUUGGGUAUGUACUCACUGCACUACCGCAGAAUUAGAGGAGCCUUGAUCCUCACUUACCGUAUCUUAACGGGUAAGAUCGGUCCAGACUUGUCCUGGCUAUUUAGUCCCGCCAAGGUUCCCAAUCUCCGAGGUCACCAGUUGAAGCUGCACAAACAGCGUUCUGACCGGGUAAGGACGGAAACUCGCUUGUCGCGUCGAGUUAUUGAACGUUGGAACUCGCUUCCGGCGCAUGUGGUUAGGGAGUCUACGGUAGAGGGUUUCGAGCGUCAGUUAGAUGCUCUUGGGUGGCAGUACCAAACCUUCCCCUUCUCCUAACCGACUUGUAUCUUCAACUUUCCCUUCGUUCUUUUUUAGUUUUCUUCUCACCUUGGUGUUAUCAUUAUUUAGCGGACAUUCCUCCUCUUGUUUUCUUAGCUUAUCCUUCACUCUUUUACUUCACAUAAGCCGGCCUGGCAGGGACUGCUGGGCAGGAAAAUGUGGGCAGUAAUUGGUUGGACAGGGUGUGAUGCGGUCUUUGUUUUAGGCUUUUCAACAUCUCAAGCAGACCUGUCAAUUCCCGAUCCGACGAUACGCAAAAGAAGA